UGCCGGAGUCCCUGAACUCUCGAUUUCCUUUUAAUCCCCUGCAUCAGAUCACCGGCGUGCCCCACCAUGUCAGAUGCAGCCGUAGACACCAGCUCUGAAAUCAUCACCAAGGACUUAAAGGAGAAGAAGGAAGUUGUGAAAGAGGCGGAAAAUGGAAGAGACGCCCCUGCUAACGGGAAUGCUAAUAAGGAAAAUGGGGAGCAGGAGGCUGACAAUGAGGUAGAUGAAGAAGGGGAAGAAGGUGGGGAAGAAAAGGAGGAGGAAAAAGAAGGUGAUGGUGAGGAAGAGGAUGGAGAUGAAGACGAGGAAGCUGAGUCGGCUACAGGCAAGCGGGCAGCUGAAGAUGAUGAGGAUGAUGAUGUCGAUACCAAGAAGCAGAAGACCGACAAGGAUGACUAGACAGCAAAAAAGGAAAAGUUAAACUAAAAAAAAAACGCCGCUAUGACCUAUUCACUCUCCAUUUCCUGUCUCAGAAUCUAAACGUGGUCCCCUCCAGUACUGAGGCCCACCCGCCCACCAUGGGCAGUGCCACCCACAGAUGACACACACUCUCCACCACCCAACCUAAACCGUAAGAAUUUGCAACAGGGGAGGAAAAAAGAACCAAAACUUCCAAGGCCCUGCUUUUUUUCUUAAAAGUACUUUAAAAAAAGAAAUUUGUUUGUAUUUUUAUUUACAUUUUAUAUUUUUGUACAUAUUGUUAGGGUAAGCCACUUUUAAUGAUCUCGGAUGACCAAACCAGCCUUCGGACCGUUCUCCGUCCUACUUCUGACUUUACUUGUGGUGUGACCAUGUUCACUAUAAUCUCAAAGGAGAAAAAAAAAAAAAAACUUGUAAAA